AUGCCCAUCCUCCAGGGGGCACCAGAUUGUUUGGAGGAGCAGAAUCCGGAACGUGGAGGCGGGCAUAUGAUCUCUACGGAUGAUCUCGAGUACCCGCGGGAGUACCGUACGCUGGGCAACGGAACCCGGCGGUUCUCCAACGUGGGUCUGGUCCACACGUCGGAGCAUCGGCACACGGUCAUCGCCGCCCAGAGCCUGGAGGCCCUGACCAACCUGCACAAAGCCGACAUGGAACGCAAACGUGACGCCUUCAUGGACCACCUGAAGAACAAGUACCCACCACAGCACUCCCUGCCCCCCUCCCCCUCCCCCUCGCACCACAGCAUGAGGGGCUCAGCGGCCGAGAGGAACGCCCGCGAACAGCAACAGCCCAACUACUGGAGCUUUAAGAGUCGAAGUCCACGUCACUCCCAGUCCACCCAGUCUGGUUUGGCUGACCAGGCCAGUAAGCUGUCCUUUGCUUCGGCCGAGUCUCUGGAGACCAUGUCUGAGGCCGACAUGCCGCUUGGUUUCAACCGCAUGAACCGUUUCCGCCAGAGUUUACCACUCUCCCGCUCCGCCAGCCAGAACAAACUGCGUUCUCCAGGCGUGCUAUUUCUCCAGUUCGGCGAUGAGACGCGACGCGUUCACAUCACGCACGAGCUUAGCAGUCUGGAGACACUGCACGCACUCAUCGUUCACAUGUUCCCGCAGAAGCUGACGGCGGGAAUGCUAAAGUCUCCAAACACAGCCAUACUAAUCAAGGACGAGGCGCGGAACGUCUUCUACGAGCUGGAGGAUGUGCGGGACAUACAAGACCGGAGCAUAAUCAAGAUUUACCGCAAAGAGCCUAUUUACGCCUCCUACCCCGCCGCUGCUCACCUGGCCAAUGGAGACCUGCGGAGAGAGAUGGUGUACACGUCCCGCGAUUCGUCUCCUACUCGACGUCUCAACACCCUCCCCUCCUCCUCAGCCUCUCCAAAUUCGAGCUCCCCUUCCCGUUCCCGCCUGUCCUACAGCGGGGGACGCCCCCCGUCCUUUGCCGGACAGGGCCACCCACACAGCCAAGGCUCCCAGCACUCUGCCCACUCCCAUCACCCCUCCCCCUCUCACGGACCUGGACAGGGUCUCUCCCCCUCCCCCUCCGCCAUCCUGGAGCGUCGGGACGUCAAGCCGGACGAGGAGGUCUCCGCCAAAAACAUGGUUCUCCUCAAAAACGAGGGUCUGUACGCCGACCCCUACAGCCUGGUCCACGAGGGUCGGCUAAGCAUUGCCUCCACUCAGUCCUUGGCCACCAUCGGUGAUCCGUUCGGUAGUUUCCCGGCGCCCGGAGGGCUUUACCGCCGCGGUUCAGUCCGUUCUCUCAGCACCUACUCCGCCGCUGGCCUGCAGGGGGACCUAGACGACGCCCUGUACAAGCCCGGGGGUCCGCUGUACUCGGACACCUACGGAACCACGUCCACGCUGGGCAUGGGGUUCCGUCUGCCCCCCUCUUCCCCGCAGAAGAUUCCGGAUCCCGUGCAGCUCCGAGACAGGGACUCCUAUUCCGGGCCGCCGAGCCGUGGCUCCCCCAUCCGCCAGACUUUCCGCAAGGAUUCGGCCUCUUCGUCUGUGUUCGUGGAGAGCCCAAAGUCCCGGCCCAGUUCCAGUUCGGACCCCCUGAGCGUGGUCCAGGGUGGAGGGUCGGGAGGUGGAGAUGGUGGAAGGGGAGUAUCUGCAUAUGGCUCACCGCUGGCAGGGAAUGAGAGCGAGACACGCAGGGAUCGUAUGGAGGCAAUGGAGAAGCAAAUAGCCAGUCUCACUGGCCUGGUACAGAGCGUACUGACCAGAGCACCGGACAGCGACAGCACAUGCGGCCUGCUGCGUCUCUGCAUGAUGGCGGGCUGCCCUCCGGACCAGGGGGCGGAGUUUUCACGGCCCUUCCCUUUCUCUUCCAGCGAGAAGACCGAAUCCACCAGCGACGGCUCCGCCACAGGAACUGGCCGCCUGAAGUGGAAAGCUCAGACACCCUCUGCCCCGCUGGCCCUGAUGCCUCCGCCCUCCUCCACGGCAUCGCAGACCAACACCGUCUCCAAACUCCAGAUGCAACUCCACCUGCACGACCUUCAGCAAAACGCAACUGACCUGCGCAAACAACUAGCUCAGCUGCGCAAGAUGCAGCUUCAGAACCAGGACUCGGUGCGUUCUCUGCUGAAGAGGACAGAAACAGAGCUGAACGUUCGUGUGUCUGAUGCUCUGAGGAAACAAGAGGAUCCUCUCCAGAGACAGCGCCUCCUGGUGGAGGAAGAGAGACUUAAAUAUCUCAAUGAAGAAGAGCUGAUUAUCCAACAGUUACACGAUCUGGAGAAGUCCGUGGAAGAGAUCCAGAAAGAGUCGUCUGUCAACCAUAAACACGUGACAGUGCAGGAGCUGGAGGAGAAAGCCACGGUGCUGAGGAAACUCGGAGAGACUUUGACCGAGCUGAAGAACCAGUUCCCGGGGCUGCAGAGUAAGAUGCGGGUGGUGCUGAGGGUGGAGGUGGAGGCAGUGAAGUUUCUGAAGGAGGAGCCACACAGACUGGACGCUCUUCUCAAACGCUGCAAGAGUAUCACAGACACGCUGACCACACUGAAGAGGCAGGCAAAUGAGGGAAUGUGGAAGAGCCAGGAAGAUUACUCUAGCCCCUCCCCCAAGCACAGCAUUGCCGGGGGCGACGACCUUAGAAAGAACUCUGACUUUGACAUACCCACCAGCCCGCCGCUAAACCUUACAGACAGCAGCCUGGCCAAUUGGAGCCCUCACUCUGUCCAAGGACACGCCCACAGCCACUCCCAUGGCAACCCGACACAACGCGAGCGGGACUCCCAUGGGGCGGGGCCUCUGAAGGGGCGUGGCCUGGAAGAAAUGAGUGGGCGUGGAGGGCCAGAAAAAGCCUCCUCAGUAGAAGUUCGUCUGGCUGCAGAGCGUGACUGGGAGGAGAAGAGAGCCAGUCUGACUCAGUACAGCGCUCAGGACAUAAACCGGCUGCUGGAGGAGACACAGGCCGAGCUUAUGAAGGCCAUCCCAGAUCUGGACUUCGCUGCCAAACAGAUUAAACCAGCACAAACCCAGAACCAGAACCAGAACCAGAACCAGAACCAGAACCAGAACCAACCCAGUACAAACACCACCCCCGAGCACAGAACUAACAAACCCCAGCACGCCACACACAAACUCUCCAGCAAAGAGGCCAGUUCCCGACGCGGAUCAGAUGAGUUGACGGUGGCGAGGUAUCGUACAGAGAAACCUUCAAAGUCGCCCCCUCCCCCUCCGCCGCGCCGAAGUUUCCCAUCAUCCCCUGGGCUCACCACGCGCAGCGGGGAGACUAUCGUACCUGCCAAGAAUUUUAAGAAAUCGGAGUCGGAGGAGAUGGAGAUGCAGAAGCCGCACGUGAAGUUGAGGAGGAGUGUCUCCGAAGCCCCCCGGCCCGCCUCCACCCCUCCCACCAUCGCCUCCGGAGAGAAGGAGGACAUGGAGGACGAGAAGAUCACUGCUGAGCUGGAGUUGUUUGUGCGCGCUCCGCGUGGAGCUCACCACACCAGCACCCUCCUUCUCCCUUCUCAACCAAUCAGGACAGGCUCCGCCCCUUCCAUCCCCCAUCUGAUGCCCCAUGGGGCCACAGUGGGAAAGGUGCACUACAGUGCGUCCCCAAAUACGGUCCCCCAGAUUGUGUUGACCGAGUGUGCUUCAGUUCCACACUCUCCAACGGAGGACUCUGAAGGGAGACCUAUUUUCAGCUGCACAUGGAUAGACGGUUAUACGGAAAAUGACAUAAGAACAGGAAAUGACAUCAUUUGCCAGGCCACAGCACACGGCCAAUCACUUUGCAGACAAGAGCCGGUAACCCGCCAAGAGAUCCUUCUGACACGAAACGGGUCUCAGAGCCUGAGGGAGGUCCAGACCAGAAGACCAUCUGGUGGAAUUGUGUACCAAAAUACUUCACCACCAGUUAGGGAGAGGCCAGCAAAAUCAUCACGAAAGCCAGAACUGAGGAUACAAGAGUCUUACGAGUUGGAGGAGGAGGAGGAGGAGGACGACAAGACGCGGAGGGAUGAAGAUAAAGGAACCCGGGGAGAGAGAGAGGACAUUCGCAGAAGUACCUACCGGCGACUGGACAGUCUGGAAGAGACGAUACGCGAGUUGGAACUCAGUCUGGUUGAGUUUAGCACCCAAGCCAACGUGGGGCUCCUUUUCCCCCCUUCAGAUAAACCCCAGGAUCACCCUACCCACAUCUCCAAUGCCACCACCAGCUCCAAGGCUCACGACCCCCCAGGCCAGACUCUCUCCCAAACUGGAGGUGGAGGAGAGAGAGACAGACCCCCUGUUCCACCCAAACCAACCUCCAUCACCACGGCAACAGCCAAGACGGGCGGUGGUGGGAAGGCGUUGUCUCGGCUAAAGCACCUGCAGCAGAGUGGUAUGGAGAAGAUCAAAACAGGCAAACAGAGAGACGACUUCAUAAAGAGUCAGCAGCAGGUACGAGCCCUUUCCUUCACUCUCUCAGAGGCUCGUAAAGUCGACCCUCUCCUCUCUGGCACCAGGGCGGCCAGUUUCUCAGGCCGUCUGCCAACGGGCCUGCGCAAGUACCCCCAGGAGGGGGCGCUGUCGUCUCUCACCGCCUCGUCCAAUCAGGCGAGAGCUCUGUUGGCCAGCCUGUCGGCCUCCAGCCUUAGCGCCGAGGCCUUGCUCCUUUCCUCCACCAUCAGACACCACCGUCUCCUUCGGGAGCAGCGCUCCAACUCCUGCUCCUCCUCCAUCCCCGUGUCGAACGGCCGCUCCCCGCCCUCGCCCACGCCCUCCUCCUCCUCCUCCACCUCUCCUUCCUCUCCUCUCUCCGCUCUCUCCCUCUCUUCCCUGGCCCUGAAACCCUCCGAGCGAAGCCUACAGUUUCCCGACUCCGCCCUCGACAGCCUAAAAGAGAAGAGCGCGACCUUUCCCAAGACCGUCUCCCACGGUGACGCGGAAUGA